GGAGAGGGGCAUUGCCGGACCCUGUUUACCAAACAUCCUGUCAAGCCAGCUGUUUUGAGAGUGACUCGUGAAAGUUCUUGAAUUCGGAUGAGCCUUAGCAGAACGGCAUUUCAGAACAGUUUUUUAACACCUCUCGUGAUAAGAAGAUCUGUCAAGAUGAUUUGGUCACGCGUUGGGGUUCUGGCGAUUUUACUGAUUUCUCUAGAGACGAUUGUUUGUGAUCAAACUCCAUGCGACCAUCGGAUCAAGCUGUCCAACUGUCGGAACAACGAACUCAACUACGAAGUCGAGAUGGACGGACCGUUCGGUGACAAGUACAUCGUAGAGCAAAAGGUGCGUCGGGUUCCGAACGAGCGCACUCUGGUCAGCCGGAUGAACGGCCAGCGGACGCAGUUCCGGGACUGGGUUGGGUCGGUCUUUCCCACCUGGAGACCCGGCCCACUGCGGCAGUUUAUGAACGGCGGACGGCAGCGCUCGUCACGAACGGCCCCUGGAACGAGCCGCAGAGCGCGGGCCAAUCGGCUGAGACGGCCACGCCAGGGUAGGACCGGAUCGCGACGGGCCGCAAGGAGGAAUCAACGCCUUUGAGGCUGAGUGUUUGUUGUUUUAUUAUUGUUUAACUUGUGUUGUUGAAUGAAUUGAAGAUUUAAUAAAGAAGUA